GGGAUGGAAUAUGAAUAAUCAAAUCCUUUAGAUGCUGCAGUGGUGAAUUUAUACAUUUAUAACGACGUUUUUCCGGUGAACGGCGAUAAACGGAAAUUCAAGAACUGCUCUCACAUGUAACGGAAGAAGAAGACAAAAAUGAAGGAUUAUUGAUGAAGAGAAUAAUAAGGGGAUGAUGCAAGGACUUCAUCACCAGCAGCAGCAAUUAGCGGCACUUCUCACCGUCGCAUUACCCAAAGAAGAUCCUUCUAAAUCCACUUCAACUUCAGUUGCUAUUGAAGAUGACGAGUCUUCUCGUGUUGCCGCUAUUACUUCUCUACAGCGCGCCAUUCUUUACCCUCCCAACUCUCUACUCAUCACCCACUCCGCUUCUUUUCUUGCCCAGGGCUUCUCUCAGCUCCUCUCCGACAAGUCAUAUUCCGUGCGUCAGGCAGCAGCUACUGCUUAUGGUGCUUUGUGUUCUGUAUUAUGUUUAAUCUCGAUAGGUCCAAAUGGAAGGCAGAACCAUGUCAUUCUUGGCAGUCUGGUUGAUCGGUUCAUUGGUUGGGCAUUGCCAUUGCUUAGCACUGUUGUAGAUGGGACAACUGAUCUUGCAUUGGAGGGCUUGCGAGAAUUUCUUAAUGUUGGGGAUGUUGCGGCAGUUGAGAGGUUUGCAUUGCCAAUUCUUAAGGCUUGCCAAGAGCUUCUUGAGGAUGAAAGAACCUCCUUGAGCUUACUGCGCAGACUUCUCGCUGUUUUAACACUUAUCUCCUUGAAGUUUUUUAGAUGCUUUCAGCCCCAUUUUGUUGAUGUUGUUGAUCUCCUCCUUGGGUGGGCGAUGAUACCGGACCUUGCAGAAUCUGAUAGACGCGUUAUUAUGGAUAGUUUCCUGCAGUUUCAGAAAUAUUGGGUGAACAAUAUGCAGUUCCCAUUGGGAUUGCUCUCAAAGUUUCUAGGUGAUAUGGAUGUGCUGCUUCAGGAUGCAAGUCCUGGUAGCUCCCAGCAGUUCCAAAGAUUACUUGCAUUAUUGUCUUGUUUUUCUACAGUGUUACAGUCCACAGCUUCAGGUUUGCUAGAGAUGAAUAUGCUUGAGCAGAUAAGUGAACCUCUUUGUAAAAUGGUUCCCAUUCUGUUAGGAUGCAUGUCUAUGAUAGGAAAAAAGUUUGGGUGGUCAAAAUGGAUUGACGAUUCUUGGAGAUGCUUGACUUUGCUUGCUGAAAUUUUGAGUGAACGGUUUGCAACAUUUUACCCUGUUGCAGUUGAUAUCUUGUUUCAGAGCUUGGUUAUGGAAUUCAAAGACCAGUCUCUGAAUAUGAAGAAGCUUGAUUCCUUUCAGGUUCAUGGAGUUCUUAAAACCAAUUUGCAAUUGCUGUCUCUGCAAAAGCUUGGCCUUUCUCCAUCAUCUGUUCACAAGAUUUUACAAUUUGAUGCGCCUAUAUCUCAGAUGCGUUUGCAUCCCAACCACUUAGUGCCUGGAAGUUCAGCAGCUACUUAUAUAUUUUUGCUUCAACAUGGGAACUUUGAGGUUGUUGAAAAAGCAGUGAUUGUGCUGCUUGAAGAGCUGAAUUUGUUGAGGUGCAUGCUUGGACAAAAAUCAGACCUGCAGAAUCCGGCAUAUGAUGUCAAAGUUCCUAAAUCUUACUCAAAAUCUGAGCUAUUUGCAUUGAUUAAGUUUGAUUUGGAGGUCUUACUUAGUUGUGUUUCUUUGGGCAGUGGAGCUUGCAUGAUUGGCCAAACAGAAAUCGAUACUCUGUAUGUUAAUAUGUCCGGAAAGUUAAUAUCAAGCAUUAUUGGCAAUUUCAACCCUUUCGAGUCACCUGUCCGAGGGCAUGUAGAAUUGCAAGUCAUAGUUCUCAAGACGUUAGAAAGACUAGCUGCACUUGAAUUUUUAAGCAAAUGCUCUCUAAGGAAACAAGUUACUGCCACAGCUUCACAGGAAACAACACCUGAGAAGCUCGAAAAGGUAGAGAAUGGGAGGACUGAACUUCCUGGGCUAGUCUUACAGCAUCUGAAAAUGUAUGCUAUCCUUCUUAUAAGAGCUCUUCAUGUCACUUCUCCUCUAGCAGUUAAAAUAGAAGCACUACAAUGGAUACAUGAAUUCUGUGGAAAAGUUGUUCACAUAUAUGAGAAUGAGAAGGCGUUAUAUUUUCCAUAUGAAGCAUUUGGAUAUGCAGACAUUGUCCAGGAUUUGCUGUUCUCGGUUCUGGAUGUUGCGUCAGAUAGAGAACCAAAAUUGAGAUCUCUUGUGGCAUUAGUCCUUCAGAAGCUUCUACAAGCAAAGCUUAUUCAUCCUACACACUUUAUUAUUACUACUCAGGCGGUUCUUGAAAAGCUUGGUGAUCCAGAUGACGAUAUACGGAAUGCAUUUGUCAGGUUGCUUUCAAGUGUGCUACCUAUUACAGUGUAUGCAUGUGGUCUCCGUGACAAUGGAGUGGCUACUGCAUGCUGGCCAGGUGUUCUUAGAUUUAACAAUAGGUCGAACUUGCAUUGGAAGCAACUUUUUGCACUUAAGCAACUGCCUCAGCAACUUCAUUCACAGCAACUUGUUACCAUACUUAGUUACAUUGCACAGAGAUGGAAAGUGCCUCUUUCUUCAUGGAUCCAGAGGCUCAUUUGUAGCUGUGGGCGCACCAAAAAUGUCACUUUAAUUCAACCUGAGGAAACGUAUAAUUCUAGCUCAAAUGGGCUGUUGUGGGAUAUCAAAGUUGAUGGAGAUAUUCUUGAGAGAAUUUGCUCCGUUAACACCCUUGCUGGUGCAUGGUGGGCAAUACAUGAAGCUGCCAGAUAUUGUAUUACCACUCGUCUUCGAACGAACCUUGGUGGUCCAACUCAGACUUUUGCUGCAUUGGAGCGCAUGCUUCUUGAUGUUGCUCAUGUACUGCAUCUUGAUGCUGAUCAAAGUGAUGGAAAUUUAAAUAUUAUUGGAUCUUCUUAUGCUCAUUUGUUACCUAUGAGAUUAUUGCUUGAUUUUGUUGAGGCUCUUAAGAAAAAUGUAUACAAUGCAUAUGAAGGGUCAACUGUUUUACCCAGUGCUUCUCGGCAAAGUUCCUUGUUCUUUCGGGCAAAUAAGAAGGUUUGUGAGGAGUGGUUUUCUCGGAUAAGUGAGCCCAUGAUGAAUGCAGGAUUGGCGCUCCAAUGUCAUGAUGCUACGAUAUAUUAUUGCGCAUUGCGCUUGCAGGAGCUGAGGAACCUUGUGGUUUCAGCUAUAAAGGAUAAGUCUAGAGUGCAAUUGACUGAAAAUAUCCACAAUGUCAGAGCCAGGUACGCUGCAGAUAUCUUGAGGGUUUUACGGCACAUAUGUUUGGCUUUUUGUAAAACACAUGAGCCAGAGGCAUUAAUUGGUAUUCGAAAUUGGGCAACAGUAGCGUUCUCUCCCUUGUUUACUGAUGAAAACCAGAGUUCAGAUGAUAGUGGAAUAAUUGGACAUUUUUCAUGGAUUACUGGGCUUGUAUAUCAAGCUGAAGGUCAGCAUGAAAAAGCUGCCGCUCACUUUAUUCAUCUCUUACAGACUGAGGACUCACUCUCCUUUAUGGGUUCUGAUGGUGUACAGUUUUUGAUUGCACGUAUUAUUGAGAGUUACUCGGCAGUUUCUGAUUGGAAGUCCUUGGAAUCCUGGCUGUCGGAACUGCAAACACUCCGUGCUAAGCAUGCUGGAAAAAGUUAUUCCGGUGCUCUAACAACUGCUGGCAAUGAAGUAAAUUCCAUUCAAGCGUUGGCACGCUUUGAUGAGGGUGAAUUUCAGGCAGCAUGGGCUUGUCUUGAUUUGACCCCUAAAAGUAGCAGCGAACUCACUCUGGAUCCCAAGUUAGCCUUGCAAAGGAGUGAACAAAUGCUGUUGCAAGCUAUGCUUCACCAAGUUGAGGGAAGAGUGGAGAAGGUGCCAGAGGAAUUGCAGAAGGCCAAGGGAAUGCUGAUGGAACCAUUGUCUGUCUUGCCUUUGGAUGGAAUUCUAGAGGCAGCAUCACAUGUCAACCAGUUAUAUUGCAUCUCUGCUUUUGAAGAAUGUUACAAACUCAAUGUAAGCCAAGACAAGCAUUUUCCAUCACUAUUAAGUUCUCAUAUGCAAGCGAUGAAGUCCCCCAUUAUCAAAGAUCGUCAAGAUUGCAAUAUAUGGUUAAAGGUUCUACGAAUAUAUCAAACAGCUUACCCCAUGUCACCUGUGACUCUCAAACUUUGCAAGAAUUUGAUGAGCCUAGCUCGUAAACAAAAGAACUUCCAUUUGGCAAAUCAUCUUGACAGUUAUCUCAAAGAUCAUCUUUCUAAUUUCCCUGAUGGAAGUACCCGUGAUCAUAUAAUGCUUGGUUUGGAGUAUGAGCGAGUACUGUUGAUGCAUGCUCAAGACAAAUUUGACGAUGCUUUAUUCAGUCUUUGGUCAUUUAUCCGUCCUUCCAUGAUUUCAUCUUCAUUUGUAGCGUCUGACACCAUUUAUAAAGUUCUCAAGGCAAAGGCAUGCCUGAAACUAUCUAAUUGGUUGCAAGAAGAUCAUUCAAAUUCAGGGAUGAAGGAUGUAGUCCUCAAAAUAAGAUGUGAUUUCAACACCUCACCCGGCAAAGAGGAAUCUAGCUCUAUUCUUGAUAAUUUGUAUUCUAAGGAGAGUGUGAACGCUAUUAUUGAGGAACUUGUGGGCAGUGUAACAAAGUUGUCAUGCCAACUCUGUCCCACUUUAGGGAAAUCUUGGAUUUCAUAUGCUUCUUGGUGUUAUAACCAAGCUAAAUCAUCAUUGUGUACCCCUUGUGAAGAUGCCCUUUUUUCUUGCUCAUUUUCUGCUGUUCUUGAUUCUGAAAUCCAACCAGCAAGAUAUAAGUUAACUGAGGAAGAAGUUUUGAAAGUUAAAGGUAUUAUCUCAAAGCUUCUUGAUAGCAGAUAUUGUUGCAAAGUGUCGAAUGAAGAUGGAGGUUCUGAUGUUUUAUGUGCUGAAUCUCCUGAAAGCAUGCAAAGUGAUGGCACUGCUAGCUCUCUGUUUCAGGAGGUAGUAGAUACUGUCGAAGCUGAAGCAGGAGCCCCUGGAGCAGAAGAUAAUAAUGGCGAAUUCCUCCCCAAUACAUUGACUUCUAAGUUGCAGCAUUGCUUAUUUAAAGCAAAUGUUGUUCUAGAAGAAGCAAAUGUCAUAUCCUUAAUUAGUGAUUUGGUUAAUAUCUGGUGGUCUUUGCGGCGUAGAAGGGUCUCUCUCUUUGGCCAUGCUGCUCAAGCUUUUGUGAAUUUUCUUUCAUAUGCAUCUUCCAGAUCUUUAGAUGGCCACUUAAACGGCUGUAGUGAAAAGUCAAAAUAUAAGUCUGUGAACUAUACACUUAGAUCCACUCUUUAUGUGUUGCAUAUUCUUCUCAACUAUGGGAUCGAGCUGAAAGACACACUUGAACCUGCACUUUCGGCAGUUCCUUUGCUACCAUGGCAGGAGAUAACACCUCAGCUGUUUGCUCGUCUAAGUUCCCACCCGGAACAAGCAGUUAGAAAACAAUUGGAGACCUUACUAGUAAAGCUGGCUAAGCUAUCUCCUAGGUCUGUUGUCUAUCCAACUCUAGUUGAUGCAAACUCUUACGAAAGAGAACCUUCUGAGGAACUUCAGAAAAUACUGGCUUGUUUGAAUGAGCUGUAUCCUAAGUUAGUUCAGGAUGUCCAGUUGAUGAUAACAGAGCUUGAAAAUGUAACAGUCCUCUGGGAGGAAUUAUGGCUCAGCACACUUCAAGAUCUUCAUGCAGAUGUAAUGAGGCGCAUAAAUUUGCUGAAAGAGGAGGCUGCACGAAUUGCAGAAAACCCAACUCUUAGCCAUGGAGAGAAGAACAAGAUAAAUGCUGCUAAGUACUCAGCCAUGAUGGCUCCCAUUGUUGUUGUCCUAGAGCGUCGUUUUGCUUCUACUUCUCGUAAACCUGAAACUCCCCAUGAAUUUUGGUUCCAUGAGGUGUACAAGGAACAAAUAAAAUCUGCUAUCACAACUUUCAAGAACCCCCCUGCAUCUGCUGCGGCUCUUGGGGAUGUUUGGCGACCAUUUGAUAAUGUUGCUGCAUCCUUGGCAUCUUAUCAAAGGAAAUCCUCAGUAUCACUAGGGGAAGUCGCACCACAGCUGGCCCUUCUGUCAUCAUCUGAUGCUCCAAUGCCGGGUCUUGAGAAGCAAAUUACGGUUUCUGAAGCAGAAGGGGGACUUAAUACUUCUUCCAGUGGAAUUGUCACAAUUGCUUCUUUCUGUGAACAGGUGUCAAUUUUAUCUACCAAAACAAAGCCUAAAAAGAUUGUUAUAGUAGGCUCUGAUGGGGAGAAGUACACAUAUCUGUUGAAAGGGCGUGAAGAUCUGCGGCUUGAUGCCAGAAUAAUGCAGCUGCUACAAGCAGUUAACAAUUGUCUGCAUUCAUCAUCUGCAGUACAGAGUCAGUCUGUCUGUGUUCGCUUCUACUCCGUCACACCUAUUAGUGGCCGAGCUGGUCUCAUUCAGUGGGUGGAUAAUGUAGUUAGUAUUUACAGUGUCUUUAAGGCAUGGCAGAGUCGGGUUCAGCUGGCACAACUUUCUGCGCUAGGUACUAAUGCAAAGCAGACAGUUACUGCACCUGUUCCUCGGCCAAUGGACAUGUUUUAUGGUAAGAUCAUACCUGCACUUAAGGAGAAAGGAAUAAGAAGAGUGAUAUCAAGAAGAGAUUGGCCUCAUGAAGUUAAACGAAAGGUACUUUUGGAUCUCAUGAACGAAGCUCCUAAGCAACUUCUUUACCAGGAACUUUGGUGUGCCAGUGAAGGUUUCAAGGCUUUCAGCUCGAAACUAAAGAGAUAUUCAGGUAGUGUAGCAGCCAUGAGCAUCAUUGGCCACGUUUUAGGCCUUGGAGAUCGCCAUUUGGAUAAUAUUCUUAUGGAUUUUUGCUCUGGGGAUAUUUUGCAUAUCGAUUACAAUGUCUGCUUUGACAAAGGGCAAAGAUUAAAGAUCCCAGAAAUAGUGCCUUUCCGCCUGACCCAGACAAUUGAAGCAGCUCUAGGGUUAACUGGUGUAGAGGGUACAUUCAGAGCUAAUUGUGAAGCUGUUUUUGGUGUUCUGAAGAAGAACAAGGACAUAAUCUUGAUGUUACUUGAGGUCUUUGUGUGGGAUCCCUUAGUGGAAUGGACACGUGGAGACUUCCAUGAUGAUGCAGCAAUUUUUGGGGAGGAGAGGAAGGGGAUGGAUCUCGCUGUCAGUUUGAGUUUAUUUGCCUCCCGCAUGCAAGAAAUUCGUAUUCCCCUGCAGGAGCAUCAUGAUCUUCUACUGUCUACCUUACCAGCUGUUGAAUCUGGUCUUGAGAGAUUUAUAAACGUCAUGAAUCAGUACGAAGUUGUCUCUGGCCUUUAUCGUCGUGCUGACCAAGAGAGAUCUAACCUUGUUCUACGUGAGACAUCUGCAAAGUCACUUGUUGCUGACGCUACUUCUACUUCAGAGAACAUCCGGGCUUCUCUUGAGAUGCAGGCUCGAGAACUGGCACAAGCUCAAGCUGUGGUAAUGGAGAAAGCUCAAGAAGCAACAACUUGGAUUGAACAGCAUGGAAGGACCCUUGAUGCUCUAAGAAGCAGUUCGAUCCCAGAUAUUAGAGCCUCCAUAAAGCUGACUGGUAAAGAAGAAUCUCUAUCUCUUGUAUCUGCUGUUCUAGUAGCUGGGGUUCCUUUGACAGUCGUCCCUGAACCCACCCAAGCUCAGUGCAAUGAUAUAGAUAGAGAAGUUUCUCACUUAGUAGCUGAGCUGGAUCAUGGACUUUCUUCAGCAAUAUCAACAAUCCAAACAUAUUCUUUGGCUUUGCAACGGAUCUUGCCAAUCAACUACCACACCUCCAGUCCAGUCCAUGGUUGGGCUCAAGUUCUUCAGCUUGCAAUAAAUACGCUAUCGUCUGACAUUCUAUCUCUCAGCCGAAGACAGGCUGCUGAACUUAUUGGAAAGGCACAUUCUGAUGGAUUUGAUUCUGUUAAAAAUAGAUAUGAUGAUCUUUGCUUAAAAGUGGGUCAGUAUGCAGCAGAAAUAGAGAGAAUGGAAGAAGAGUGUGCAGAGCUCGUUAACGCAAUUGGGCCUGAGACUGAAUUAAGAGCUAAAAAUAGUCUAUUGUCUGCUUUCAAGAACUACAUGGAGUCUGCUGGCAUUGAGAGAAAAGAGGAUGCUGGUCAGUUAGGAUCUUCAGUUCAUGGAGGCUCACAAGAUGGUGGUUUGCAACAGACCAAGGAAAAAGUUCUCUCAGUUUUGAAAGCAGCUUUUAGUUCUCUAUAUAAUGAUGUCAGGCAUAAAAUACUUAAUAAUUUGAGUCAUUUCACUAGGAGAGGACACACGGACAUGAUAUUAUGCUCUGAUCUUGGAAUUUUUUUCUCUGAGUUUGAGGAGCAAGUAGAGAAAUGCAUACUAGUAGCAAAGUUUCUGGAUGAGCUUCAGCAGUAUGUCAGCAUGGAUUAUAGGAGUAUCGACACAGUUGACACUUCUGAAUAUUUAUUUGAUAGUAAUUGGACUUCAACUUUUAGAACCAGUUUGUUUUCCUGUAAAAACUUGGUUGGCCAAAUGGUUGAAGUUGUCCUACCAGAUGUCAUCAAAUCGGUGAUUUUGUUCAAUACAGAAGUCAUGGAUGUGUUUGCAUCACUCUCGCAAAUCAGGAGAUCCAUUGAUACAGCAUUAGAGCAGCUUAUUGAGGUUGAAUUGGAGAGAGCUUCUUUAGCUGAGCUUGAGCAGAAUUACUUUGUUAAGGUUGGUUUCAUCACUGAGCAGCAGUUGGCUCUUGAAGAAGCUGCUGUGAAGGGUAGAGACCACUUAUCUUGGGAAGAGGCUGAGGAAUUAGCCUCUCAAGAAGAAGCAUGUAGAGCCCAACUUGACAAGCUCCACCAAAGUUGGAACCAGAAGGACGUCCGAACUUCAUCUCUUAUACAGAAAGAAGCUGCCAUUAGAAGUUCUCUUGUUUCUUUGGAACAGAAUCUGCAAUCUAUGAUCUCUCAUGAACAUGAGAAGGAACUACAUCUUUUCAGAAGCAGAGCUCUUAUGGCUGCACUAAUGCAGCCCUUCGCUGAGUUAGAAGCCGUUGAUCGAGAAUUGUCGUUGCUCGAGGCACCUGUUGAAUCUGGUUCAAGUAGGAUUUCUCACCUAAAAGUUUUAUUUAAUUCAGGAUGCCCGCUAUCGGAAUAUAUUUGGAAAUUUCCUGGCAUAUGGAGCAAUCAUGCUUUCUUUGUGUGGAAGGUUUAUAUAGUGGACUCUUUCCUUGAUUCCUGCACACAAAAUAUAGCCUUACAAGCUGAUCAAAAUUUGGGAUUUGAUCAACUUGUAAAUGUAGUGAAGAAAAAACUUGAAUCUCAGCUUCAAGAAAAUGUUGAGCAGUACUUGAAAGAGAAAGUUGCGCCUGUUUUAAUAACAAGGUUGGAAAAAGAAACUGAAUAUUUGAAGCAAGUGACAGAGUCAACAAAAGAUCGUACUUGUGAUCAAGAAACUAACAACUUUGCAGCUGUAAGAAAUGUGCAGAUCAUGCUUGAGGAAUACUGCAAUGCACAUGAAACUGUCAGAGCAGCAAAAUCAGCUGCUUCCCUCAUGAAGAGGCAGGUUAGUGAGUUGAAGGAGGCUCUUCUUAAGACCAGCCUUGAAAUUGUCCAGAUUGAAUGGAUGCAUGAUAUAAAUGCUAAUAUUCUGCAAAAGAGAAGGCUGAUAUCUCAUAAGUAUCUUUCAAGUGAUGCUAGACUCCUUCCAGUUCUUCUAAUCAGCAGACCUCAAUUGCUUGAAAAUUUUCAAUCAUCGAUUGCAAAAAUAUCUAGAGCUCUAGAGGGCCUGCAAACUUGUGAGAGAACUUCUGUCACAGCAGAAGGACAGCUUGAGAGAGCUAUGAGCUGGGCUUGUGGAGGCGCAAGUUCAACUUCUGGUGGAAAUACUUUGGCAAGAAAUCCAGGAAUACCUCAGGAAUUCCAUGAUCAUCUAAUGAGGCGGCAACAGUUAUUAUGUGAAGUUCAGGAAAAAGCAUCAGAUGUGAUGAAGCUUUGCAUCUCCAUAAUGAAGUUUGAAUUGUCGAGAGAUGGCUUUUUCCAGACUUCAGAAGAAUUUUAUCCAUCCAGGAGCAUUGCAGAUGGCAGGACCUGGCAGCAAGCUUACUUAAACGCUCUGACAAACUUGGACGUUAGUUAUCAUUCCUUUACUCAUACUGAACAAGAAUGGAAACUUGCACAGAGCAACAUGGAGGCUGCUUCAAGUGGCUUAUUCUCUGCAACUAAUGAACUCUGUGUUGCUUCUGUUAAAGCUAAGUCAGCAUCAGGGGAUAUGCAAAGCACUCUGCUUGCAAUGAGGGAUUGUUCCUAUGAAUUAAGUGUGGCUCUAUCAGCAUUUGGGGCCAUUACAAGGGGGCGUACUGCUUUGACAUCUGAAUGUGGUUCGAUGCUUGAAGAGGUUCUGGCGGUAACAGAAGGUGUGCAUGAUGUUCACAGUAUAGCCAAAGAAGCUACUGCUUUGCACUCGUCUGUUAUGGAAGAUCUAUCAAAGGCAAAUGGCAUCCUACUUCCACUUGAAUCUUUAUUAUGCAAGGAUGUUGCUGCCAUGACUGAAGCUAUGACAAAGGAAAGAGAGGCAACGAUGGAAAUAUCUCCUGUUCAUGGACAAGCUAUAUUCCAGUCUUAUCAUGUUAAAGUAGAAAAAACUUAUGAAAUCUUUAAGCCCUUGGUUCAUUCUCUCACAAUCUCCGUCGAGGGACUUUAUUCAAUGUUGACCAGGCUAGCCCAAUCUGCAAGUCUGCAUGCAGGAAAUCUGCAUAAGGCUCUCGAGGGAUUAGGAGAAAGCCAGGAAGCAAGGUCAGAGGAUCUUAACUCCUACAGGCCAGAUCUUGCUGAUCAAUAUGAUGGAAAGAAUGAGAUCUUCUCCCAAUCAGACAGAGAAAGCAGCAUGGAUUUUCUUGAAGUGAACGGACUGUCUUUGCAAGAUAAGGGAUGGAUAUCUGCUCCUGAUAGCAUGACCAGUGGCAGUUCAGAGUCUGCAGCUACAUCAUCUCAAGUUAGUCUUGCAAAUAGUUCCAAUGGCCCAGACUUGACUGACCCAAGUACUCCAUAUUGUUCUGAUGACACAGAGAGAAGAGAAUACUUGCAUAAUUUUUCCUCAGUUGGAAGUGCACUUCCAGAAUUGCCACAGCCGGAACCUGAAAAGACACAGGAGACGUUUGAGAUGAAACUUUUGCUUGGAAAUGAAGAGCCCUUGUCAAGCAAAGAUAAGGUCGAGGGGGCUGCUCAUGGAACUUCACUUAUCAAUGUGGAGGCUGCCAACCGAACAACUAGAGGUAAAAAUACAUAUGCAUUAUCAAUUUUAAGGAGAGUCGAGAUGAAGUUAGAUGGUCGAGAUGUAGCUGAUAACAGGGAAAUGAGUGUUGCAGAACAAGUGGAUUAUCUUCUCAAACAAGCAACUAGUGUAGAUAAUCUUUGCAACAUGUAUGAGGGUUGGACACCGUGGAUUUGAGCUGGUGAACAUUAUUCUUUUUUUUUUCUCAACACAAGAGCUCUUUUCAUGAUUUUCUGUGAUCAUUGAAGAAGUUGAGAUAGAGCUUAGUCUCCUGAACCACAAGAUGCGUGUUGGAACUUUGACUUCCUCAUUGUGAGGGACGUGGCAAUUGGCAAGCAAUUUUAGUCUGUGCAAGCGAAUUUGAGGAUCCAACUUGAAGGCUGUGGGUAGAAUGCUCUCAUCUUCUUCAGCUGCCUAUUCUUCCUUUAUAUGAUGCCUUUUGAGAAACUGCUGCAUGUUGCUUAUUCAAAUCUGCAUAUGCGACGCUGGAACGUCAAAUCUACACUUUCGCAACAGUUUGAUCAUGGUUCAAACACUGUUGGAAGACAAUAUAAUGUGCUUCCAACGGUAGCAUGGUCCAUCCAUAUCCACUAAUUGGCAACAACUACCUUUUCAAACUAUCAUAUGGUCUAUUGGUCACUUCACUUGCAACAGCUGCUUAUGGACUUUGAUGAGGAUUGGCUAAUGCCAUUCAUAUGUCAUGAGAAAUUUGACUUUUGGCUGAGGCAGUGAGGAUCCAAUAUGGGUAUACCUUAUAGCUCCUGCUGUUGCUCUAGAUGGGGUCUGGCUUUUUACCAUGGAGCACUAGGUAUCUUGUAAAUAUCUGUAAUGAUUCUACAUGUUCACAAGUUCUAGCGAUAUUCCUACCCAACCACGUUGGAGCGGACCUGAUAUGUGCCUGCCACCACCAUCCAUCUCUCGACUAUCCUGUCAUUGGGCACCGGAUACUCACAGGGACGAUAAAGGAAAGGCACAAAUGCAUUUUUUUUUCUCGUCUCCAGGGGUUUUGCUUCGGUCUACUGGACGCAUAGUUGGCUUAUUUGGGGCUAGGCAUAGUAGCAAUCCAGAGGAAUAAGAUGAAGGCAACAACUUGGAAGUUGAGUGGUCUAAAUCAUGCUCAUAUUCAUGUCCCAAGUGUAUGCCAUUGUUUGUCAAUAGCUUCGAAUGGAAUAUGCAAAUGGGGGGCCCUUUCAUGUAUUGGGAAAAUGGAAUUACUUUAAUAGAUUACGGCAGCUCAUAGUUUGUUGUAAAAAAAGGAUACUAGUAGUAAGUAACAAAUUACAGCAGCUCAGUUAAGUUGGUAAAUAUGUACUAACAAUCAAAGAAUUCUCCUUCCUCUUUUCCUCUUAAAUAAAUUUACCUA